AUGGCUUUAGAGAAGCCAGGGAUGUCUCAGGGAGUCCACGAUGCCUGGAAAGCAGUCCUCACAGCGAUUCCCAAGAUGGCACCAACAGAUGACGUUGAAAACCUACCUGGCGGUGUUCGAGAAGGUGUCCGUGAGGGAGAGUCUACCCCGAGACCAUGGUCCCCCAAAAUAAAGUUUACUGGUGGAUCCUAUGCAACCCAGUCCGACACCGAGUACACAUAUCUUGCAGGAUCUCCUGUACUGAAAGGUGUAGCCAACUAUGAUUUUCAGAUUGGUGAGAAAAAGGGAGGUGAAGGUAUUCCAGGAAUUCAUGGAGACAAGGGAAGAAAUGGUCCAGAUGGCAUUCCGGGUCCCUUUGGUAUUCCAGGAGGUAAGGGAGAGCCGGGCAACCCUGGACAAAAAGGAAAGAAGGGUGAACCUGGAGAACAAGGAGAAAAAGGAGACUUUGGGGGAAAAGGACUCAGAGGCGUUGAGGGUGAAAAAGGUCUAGAUGACUACGGAGCACCUGGCGAAAAAGGAGACAAGGGGCAGCAAGGACAGCAAGGAGACAUUGGUAUUAAGGGAGAGCGAGGACAUCCUGGUGUAGAAGGAGAUCAAGGACACAAAGGAGAACCAGGAAAAACAAUCUAUGGGAGGCAAGGUGAUGUAGGAGAUCCAGGUUUACCAGGACAUCUUGGUAGAAGGGGACAAAAAGGAAUUCGAGCCCAAACUGAACAAUCUCCUUGUGAGCUAAUUAACUACAUCCGGAAGACCUGUCCUUGUUGUCAAGGACAAACCACCUGCCCUGUGUAUCCAACAGAAUUGGUGUUCGCACUGGACAUGUCCAAUGACGUGAAACCAGAAACCUACAAUAAAAUGAUAGAAAUUGUGACUUAUAUAUUGAAUAAUAUUACUGUCAGAGGUAAUAACUGUCCUACUGGUGCAAGAGUGUCUGUGAUGUCCUAUAACCAAUAUCCCAGGUAUCUGGUGAGGUUUUCAGAGUUCCAAAGCAAAGAAAAAUUGCUUAAUGUCAUAAAGAACAUACCUCUGGAAAGUUCCAGUGAAGUUCGCAGUAUUGGAAAAAGCAUGAAAUUUGUAGCCAGGAAUGUCUUCAAAAGAUCUCUACAAGGAGCCACUGUAAGAAAAAUUGCACUGUUCUUCAGCAAUGGUCGCACUGAUGACCCUGCUGCACUCAGCACAGCCAUCAUGGAAUACAACGCUCUUGAGAUCAUACCUGCAGUUAUAUCAUUUACCCCAGCACCUGCAAUCAAACGAUCCUUUUCAAUUGAUGAUUCGGGGACAUUUCGGUUGAUUGAGAUUUCUGCACAAGAUGAUUAUGAAUCUCAAGUACAGACCUUACUGAAGUGUACCCUUUGUUAUGAUACAUGUAAACCAGAUGUAUUCUGUGCGGAAAGUAGUUCUGUACUAAAAAAGGCACCUAUGGAUGUGGGUUUUCUCUUGGACAGUUCUUAUCACAUGACAGUUGAUGAGUAUGCAGCAGCAAGAAACUUCAUCGGCACAUUGAUUGACGGGCUUGAUAUUCCGAACACUGGUGCUCGAGUGGCUUUGGUUAGUAGUGCAACCCCCGGCUUUAGCCCAGACAAUGAAGGGAAGCCUUAUCUUGAAUUUGAUUUUUCAACAUAUAGAAGUACAGAGCUUAUGAAGAGACACCUCCAGGAAAACACCCAUAGCUUGCGAGAUCCACCAGCUUUUGGACUUUCGUUGAAAUGGAUGCUUGAAAACAUCAUGGCUAAAACACCAGACCUAAAGAAAAAUAAGGCCAUUAUCAUGAUAUUAGCUGGGGAGACAAGCGACUGGGAUAAACAAACUCUGAGGGAAGUUUCUUUGGAAGCCAAGUGUAAAGGUUUUGCUCUGUUUGUACUUUUCAUUGGCAGAACUUAUAAUAAUACUGAACUGAUGGAACUUCCAAGUGCUCCCACAGAACAUCACCUCCUCCAGCUGGGUGAAGUCCACAAACCAAAUUUUGGAUAUGCAGCCAGAUAUACCCGGGCAUUUCUGAAAUCUGUUAAAUUGUCAAUAAACAAAUAUCCUCCACCAGAAUUCAAAUCAAAUUGUCUCAAUGUGAAUGGUAGAAGAACAAAAAGAGUGAUAUUAACACAAGAUAAGAAAAACAACAAGUCACUUUCUCCAAGAAAUGAAGUGAUAAUCCCCAAAAUAUAA